CUCUGCCAGGAAAGCACUGUUACAAGGGCAAAGCCUGCGUUAGAGGGAUCAGCUUUACAAACUGAAGGAUUUUAACCUCAUCUGUUCUGCGUUGGUGUUGGGUGAAAUGAAAUACAUUUGAAUUCUGGACCUGCCCAGUAAUGAGUGGGUCUGUGAACUGAGAGGACCUCUGCAGGAAGAGAGACUGCCAUAAAGCUUACUGGUGAUGGACAGCCUUUGAAGGCAAGCCUGUCUUUUUAGCAAGGAGACUGUGCUGGAACUACAGCCUGGUGAAAAAGACAAGUAGCUGGAAAAAUGUAAAAAAAAAAAAAAAAAAAAAAAUGCAGCUACUAUAUUCUGCCUCACGGGAAAACAGAUAAUUCAUCCUCUAAAACAACCAUGUAUGAACAACAGGCCGAAGUCACAUCACCUGACAAUCCAUUGGAGGAAGAGAGACCAGUAUCUCCUGCACCCAGCAAUGUUUCCAUGAAGAGUGACUGGUCCAAGGAUGAUCCUCUCAACUUCAGUGAACGAAAACCAGGUCCAUUGGAGGAAGAGAGACCAGUUUCCCCUGCACCCAGCAAUGUUUCCAUGAAGAGUGACUGGUCCAAGGAUGAUCCUCUCAACUUCAGUGAAGGAGAACCAGGCCCGCUUGAGCACAGGAGACCAGUCUCUCCUGCACACUGCAAAGUUCCUGAGGAUGAUCCACUCAGGUUCAUGUCUGAGUCAAGCAGUGCUCCCAAGACAACUGACCAGGAUGGGCAUGACCUCAGCAAAGUGGAAAUAAAAAUCAAACAAAAACUCACACAAGACCUGAAGGAGAGAAUUUGCCGUGAGCAUGAGGUCGAACUGAGAAAGGACAGUGACACAGAACUCUUCAAGAUAGAAGAUGGCAAGGCUAAAGCACAGAAAUUUGAUUCAUUAUUUCCUACAUCAAGGAAAAACAAAGAGCGAACAGUACUAAUGAAGGGCGUGGCUGGGGUUGGUAAAACAUUCCAAACAAAGUUGUUCAUGGUAGACUGGGCAAAAGGAAAAACCAACAAAAACAUAGACUUCAUAGUGUCAUUUAAGUUCAGUGAGUUGAAUUCAAAAACUGGCAAACCUCAAAGCAUGAAAGAGCUGCUUUGUCAUUCCCUCAGUGAUAAACGUGAAGAUUGCAAGUAUGACAACUAUAGAAUAGCCUUUGUCCUUGAUGGAUUGGAAGAAUGUAAACUUCCUCUUGAUUUUGCAAAGAACGAGAAGUUCACCGAUAUGGAAAAGCCAGCCAUGAUGGAUGUGCUGCUAACAAAUCUCAUCGAGGGGAAUCUGCUCCCCUCUGCUCGUCUCUGGAUCAUCUCCCAACCUUCAGGAGUUGACAAGAUUCCUCCCGAAUUCAUUCACAAAGUGACAGAAUGUCGAGAGACCUCCAAGCGACGAGAGAAGCUGGCCUCAGCACUGAGAAAACGAUUUCUGAGUGAAAUCACUCAAGAUGAAGACUUAAAUCAUCCUAACCAGAAAAACACAGAACACAUCAUGAGAGAACACAGAAGUGGUGAGGUCAGUGAUGACGAGAAAAAUGGAUGUACUGCUGCAAAAUCAGUGGUACAGGUGAAUUCAGUAUCUGAUAUCUUUAAAGAUACAAAAGGACAAACGACCAGAACUGUACUGACUACUGGAGAAGCUGGUAUUGGAAAAUCCUUCACUGUACAGAAAUUUGUUAAAGAGUGGGCUAAAAAUGACAAGAACUCAGUUUUAACCUGGCUUAUUGAUGCAGCAAAGGCAAUGACAAAGAGCAAAAAAGAAGAAGUUGUAUUUCCACUUCACGCCUUUAAACUUAAUUUGCUAAAAGGGGAAAAAGUCAGUUUGAUUGGACUUCUUAACAAUUUGUACAAGGAAACAGAAGAAUUUGCGAUCUCCGACUUUGAACAUCUCAAAGUUUUAUUUAUUUUGGAUGGUUUGGAUGCUUAUCAGCCUCCUCUUGACUUUGACAACAAUGACACCUUGACUGAUAUCAGAGAGCCAGCUUCAGUGGGUGUGCUACUGACGAACCUCAUCAGAGGUGACCUGCUUCCUUCUGCCCAGCUCUGGAUAACUUCCCGACUGAAGCUGCCUAAUGGACGUGUCGACAGGAUGACAGAAAUACGAUGUAAGCCUGAUGUCGCAAGUCAAUGGAUGCUGAAAUCUCAGCUGAAGGAGCAAUUCACCCAUGUGUCAGAGGGGAUGGAUAUGCAGAAAACCUCUGCUCUUCUGAACGAGAUCUAUACAGAUCUCUACAUCAUAGAAGGAGAGAGAGGAGAGGUCAAUGUUCAGCAUGAGAUCAAACAAGUUCAAGAUGCAAAGUUCAAACCAGUGGGACAAGAAACAUCUAUUAAGUAUCAUGACAUCUUCAAACGAUCUGAAGAACAAAAAAGAGAAAUUAGAACUGUGCUGACAUUAGGAGUGGCAGGCAUCGGAAAGACAUUUGCGACAAAGAAGUACAUGCUGGACUGGGCUGAAGAUGAGGCCCACAGGGAUAUAUUUUAUAUGUUUCCACUUUCUUUUCGAGAGCUGAAUUUGAGAAAAGACCAAGAACACAGCUUAGAGGAUCUCAUCAAUCAGUUUUGCCCGGCUAUGAAGACAUCAGAAAUAACUGACUAUGACAAAUACAGAAUCCUAGUUGUCCUGGAUGGCCUUGAUGAAUGCCGCCUUGAGCUUGUCUUUGAUAAAAGUUACCCCUGGACAGAUAUUAGGAAGCCAACCUCAGUGAGUGUUCUGCUGACAAACCUCAUCAAAGGAAAUCUGCUUUCCAAAGCUCAAAUCUGGAUCACCUCCCGACCUGCAGCAUCCAACAUUAUUCCUACUGAUAAAGUUGACCGGGUUACAGAGGUGCGAGGAUUUAAUGAUGAGCAGAAGGAUGAGUACUUCAGGAGGAGAUUCAGUGAUAAGGAUUUUGCUGAGCAAAUCUUGUCUCAUGUCAAGGAAUCAAGGAGCCUUUAUAUCAUGUGUCACAUCCCUGUCUUCUGUUGGAUCACAGCAACAGUUCUGGAAGACUUUGUGAACAGAAACCAAGAAGGAGGAAUGCCCAAAACUCUGACUGACAUGUACAUAUACUUCCUUGUGCUACAGUGCAGACAGGCUAAUGUGAAGUAUGGUGCAGAUGAGACAGGUGACAGUUCUGAGACAGAUUCAUGCUGGAAUACAAGGAACAAGGAAACAAUCAUGUUUCUGGGGAAACUGGCAUUUGAGGGGCUAGAAAAAGGAAGCCUUCUCUUCACUGAAGAAGACUUGACAGAGUGCGGUGUUGACAUAGAGAAAACUGCAGUCUUCUCAGGAUUAUUCACUCAGAUUACACGAGAAAGCUGUGGACUUUACCAACAGAAAUUGUUCUGCUUUGUCCAUCUGAGCAUUCAAGAGUUCCUGGCAGCUUUUCAUGUCUUCCACACAUUCAAUAACACAGGUAAAAAUCUGCUUACCAUGCCUGAUUCAACAGCUGAAGACUUGUCUGCAUCAGACUUCUACAAGACAGCGGUUGACAAAGCUUUGGGUAGCAAAAAUGGAGAUUGGGAUCUAUUUCUCCGCUUCCUGCUAGGCCUCUCUCUGGAGACCAAUCAGAAUCUACUGCAAGAGCUGCUGAAGAAAACAGAAAACAACAAGAAGACCAAUGAAGAAACCAUUGGGUACAUCAAAGAAAAGAUUCGGGAAGAGAAUAGUGAUGCUGAUAGAAAUUGCAACCUUUUCUACUGUCUGAAUGAACUAAAUGACCACUCUCUUGUGAAGGAAGUUAAAGAUUAUCUGCGCUCAGGAACACAUACAUUUGAAAAUUUCUCCGCCUCCCAGUGGUCAGCUCUGACAUUUGUGCUGCUGACAUCAGAUGAGAAGCUUGAUGUGUUUGAUCUGAAAAAGUACCUGAAAUCAGAGAAAGUUCUUCUAGGGAUGUUGCCAGUGGUCAAAGUCUCCAAAACUACUCUGCUGAGUUGGUGUGAGCUCUCUGAGAAAUCCUGCAGAGGUCUGUCAGCCUCAGUCCUCAGCUCUGCAUCCUGUAAUCUCACAGAGCUGGACCUGAGUCAUAACGACCUGCUGGAUUCAGGUGUGGAGCUGCUUGCUGAAGGCCUACGGAGCGUACACUGUAAACUGGAGAUUCUCAAGCUGUCAGGCUGUCAGGUGACGGAGAAGGGCUGCUCAUUCCUGGCCUCAGCUCUUAAGUCCAAUGCCUCCUCACUGAAACAUCUGGAUCUCAGUUACAAUCACCUAGGAGCUGAUGGAGAGAAGAUGCUCUCUGAUAUAGCUACAGAUCCAAAUAAGAGCCUGAAGACAGUCUGUGUGGACCAUGGUGGAGCACAUCGAUUAAAGCCAGGGCUGAAGAAGUAUGGUGCAGAUCUGAAGCUUGAUGGAAACACUGCAAGCAAGAGGCUUGUUCUGUCUGAAGGGAACAGAAGAGUAAAAACUGUGGAUACAGUGAAGGAGAAGGUGGAACGACCUGAAAACAGUGACAGGUUUAAGAGGAGUCAGGUGUUUUGUGAUGAAGGCCUAAAAGGCCUCUGCUACUGGGAGGUGGAGUGGGAAGGGACAGUCGGCAUCGCACUGGCAUAUAGAGCAGUGGGUAGGAAAUGGGAUAGAAGUGGUGGUCUAGGAUGCAAUGAGAUGUCCUGGAGUCUGCUCUGCUCACAGGAUGGACACACUCCCCUACAUGGGGAGAAAUCCACAGUGGUCUUCCCAAAUAUCCAUAGGAAUAAAAAGCCCAGAGUGCCCAUUUUCCCAAAAAUAGCAGUGUUUUUGGACUGGGAAGGUGGUACUCUGACUUAUUACGGUGUCACAUCAGAAAAGCUGAGCCUCAUACACACCUUCCAUGCCCGAUUCACAGAACCCCUCUUCCCAGGCUUCUGGUUUCAGAAGGGCUCUGUGACUUUGAAAGAGAUUGAAUGAGGAAAGUACUGUAGUGAUCAGGCAAGCUGUUUUUGUGAGCUGAUGAAAGUUGUCGUAGGUUUUUAAUUAUAUGUAAUGUUCAUCACUUUCUGCCUAAACUGAUGAACGUAUUAAGGAGAGCAGCAGGUACAAACAUGCUCCAGAGAAUUGAGCAUAUAUACAGAUGUAAAUGUGCAGGAUUUGAUCAGCUUUGUUCCUGCUUGAUAGAGUAUUCUUGUUUCAUUUAAGUUUUAAGGAAAUUAGUUGCUUUUAGAAUUCAACGUAUUUUAUGUCAAAUUGUCUGUGUCAAUGUGGGGUAGACUGUAAUAAAAGAGGAAAGUGUCAUGGAACUGCCCGUAUGCUAACCCACAAUCUGUUUGUACAGGACCACUGAGCGACUGCCAUUAAUAGUUUAUGACGUGUUUUAUGUUUAAUGUAGCACAUAGAAUAAUUGGCAUGAAUAAUUAUGUGCACAAUAGUAAAGAAUGUAUAAAAUCCAUUAUAUUUUUUUGA